AUGGCUGCUCCCAUGGUGGUGCUCAAGAUGGCUGCUCCCAUGGUGGUGCUCAAGAUGGCUGCUCCCAUGGUGGUGCUCAAGAUGGCUGCUCCCAUGGUGGUGCUCAAGAUGGCUGCUCCCAUGGUGGUGCUCAAGAUGGCUGCUCCCAUGGUGGUGCUCAAGAUGGCUGCUCCCAUGGUGGUGCUCAAGAUGGCUGCUCCCAUGGUGGUGCUCAAGAUGGCUGCUCCCAUGGUGGUGCUCAAGAUGCCUGCUCCCAUGGUGGUGCUCAAGAUGGUUGUUCCCAUGGUGGUGCUCAAGAUGGCUGCUCCCAUGGUGGUGCUCAAGAUGGCUGCUCCCAUGGUGGUGCUCAAGAUGGCUGCUCCCAUGGUGGUGCUCAAGAUGCCUGCUCCCAUGGUGGUGCUCAAGAUGCCUGCUUCCAUGGUGGUGCUCAAGAUGGCUGCUCCCAUGGUGGUGCUCAAGAUGGCUGCUCCCAUGGUGGUGCUCAAGAUGUCUGCUCCCAUGUGGUGCUCAAGAUGGCUGCUACCAUAG